GUUAACGAGGUUAUUUUUUUUUAUUACCAAAAAUUAUCAAGUAUCAUAAAAAAAUGUGAGGAAAAAAAUGGAAGCCCCUAAUCCAGCUUCAAAAGCUGAUGGAACUGACAAGGAAUCAAACUCAUCAGUAAAAGAGCAGUAUUUGUUUCUGUUAGAAUUUUUCGUUCACUACAUAACCGGGGAUCGGAUUUUGAAAUUAAAUGAAACUCUCCGAGGGCCAACAAGUAUAGAAUUAAAAUUUCUCAACUUCCAAAAUGAAGCGAUUGAAAUAACCCCAACACACCAGGAGUUAUCUCCACUUGCGCGUCCAGGAAUUCGUACACACGAUGUUGAAAAAUUUUAUUCCGGACGGUCAAUUUUAUUCGCGAUACCUCAGAAAGUUGUGAUAAAUAAAAAUGCGGAAUUUAAAAUUCAUAUACGAGCGUUUAAAAAAAUGCCGGAUGAUAUUCAUCCGGACGUUCUGAUUGGCACCGGGGAGCUGGAUAUCAGCAGCGAAUUUGCUGGUUUGAGGAAGGAAAUGUUGCAAUGUUGGAAUUCCGACAUACCACCGGCUAAAAAUUACGAAGGGCCCGUCGAAAUUUAUUACAAUAAUCAGUUAGCAGCAGUGGUGCUUGCUUACGUACGUAUAUCAACAUUUGGCCAAUCAAUUGUCACCGCGUUCGACGCACCAGCAGACAGAGCUGGGUCAUUUGUAUUCAAAGGUGACGUUAGAGACCAAGAAGGGCUGGCUUACGACUGCAAAGUGAUAACCAACAGUCUCAUGAAUAUAAAAGCUGCUAAUCAACGUUCAAAUAAUAAAUUGGAUCGUGAAUUUGAUCAACCGUUUUAUUGUCCCCCUUGUCAAGAUGGCGGCAAGGUCACCGAAGUCAUUGAUGCCUACAAACUACAAGAUGAUGUAAUAGGUGAAGACACAUGUGAAAAUAUCUAUAAAACUCGUGGGUAUGCCGGGGAACCACGUGGGCAGCCGCUUGUAUUAAAAGUAUCCGGAGUGAUAGACAAAGACGGCAACGUUGAUAGAAAUAAUCUACUGGACAAUAAUAGGGACCAUGAUGUAUUCGUACUGAGAAUCGGUAAAAAGGGUCUUGUUGGAGAAGGGGAAAAAUCUGACAUUCAAAUUGAAAUGCGGACACCAAAGGCGCUUGUUGAAUCCUCGCCUGUAAGAUGCGAAACACGCGAAAUUCAAACUGAUGACGUAAAUGACGAAGCUGAUGAUAAUAAAAUCAUAACAAAAAAAAUCGCUAAGGCAAAAAAUAAAAAGUCGAAAAAAAAGAUUAAAAAAUAAUUAACGAAAUGGAUAAAUAAAAUUAUUUGUGUAAAAAUUACUGAAGAUGUCGGACGAACAGAAAUUAUUUUUGAUUGAAUUUUUGGUUGACAAAGUAAACGUGCCGUCAGUACGGGCGAUGCAAGACGAAUUUAUGCCGGCU